UUUCUGCCGAGGCAGGACGAGCUCACUUUCAUGGCUCUCUGACAGCUUGGCCGGGUCGACGCGAUUCGAGUUCGUCGGGGCUCCGCCACGAACGCAGUGCUCAGUGGGUCGUUCCUCGGGGAAAGAGGAUUGCCAGUGAUCAAGCUCUCGAUUCCCGAAGUUUCUCUGCACCGGACACGUCAGACUGUUCUCGAAAGUGUACCGGGGACAACGUUGAAAUCUCGACGUCGAUACUCAAGUGUUACAGUGCUAGGCAGUAAGAGUUCGAGAGAACCGCGUAGGGGACUGCUAGAAAGCGAGCGUCGGAGAAAUCGGCGAGCGCCUCUCUCGCCGCGGACAGGACAGAAGUUAGUGCACCUGCCGCAGUGGUUCCCGCGGCGCCACUCACGUGUUGCAUGCGUGCCGCGUUAUCCAUCAUGGUCGCGUACCGGGGCGAGCUCUGAUUGGACGUCGCGGCGGUCACGUGGUAUGGUAAUCGAGGCACGGUGGGCGGGAAGGAAUCGAACGAGGCCGCGGAGGUUCGCGGAGGCUCGCAAAAGUGGCGGAAGGAGAGGAGAGGAUAAGCAGCUGUCCACCGGGAGUCCGCUGCUCUCCGUGGCUACUCUCUCUCUCUCUCUCUCACUCUCUUUCGCUCCUCGCUGAUCUCUGUCCCACCCUUGCGAUCCUCCUUUUUUCCUGCCGGUGUCCCGUCUUUCGCCCUUUCCCUCUUCGACGGGAAAAAGUCACCCCGUGGCUGACGCGUCACGGGGGAGAGGGAUGUCGGCCAGGGGCCGCGGUGCAGUGCUGUGCGCGCUUCCGAUACAAUGAAUAUUAACAUGGAGCGCGACUCUAUGAACUAGACCGGGAGAAAGGGGUCGGAGGACAGUGUCCGAGCAUCGAUCGGGGUGUGUACGAGUUCCGAGCACCGCGAUACGGAGGACUGUGCAGCCCGAGGCAAGGAGACCGCAAACAUGAGUUCGUUCCUGAUGAAUCCAUCCGCCGGCGGUGGAUAUCAUCAUCACCAGCACCAGCAGGCCGCCGGUGCCCACCACUUGGCGGCCACUUCCGUCAUGGUGGACCCCAAGUUCCCUCCUAGCGAGGAGUACAGCCAGAGUAAUUACAUCCCGUCGACCGGCGCCGACUUCUUUCCGACCAGCGGCGGCGGGCAUCAUCUCAAUCAUCCCCAGUCCCAUCAGCUGCAGUACGGCUACCACCAGCACCAUCAUCAAGCGGCGUCCACCCCGUACGGCGCCUCCUCGGCCGUACAGCUGAACGGCGGGUACGCCGGUUACGGAGGCUACUAUGGGCCCCAUCAUCCGCACCACCAGGUCCACGCGGUGCACCACGCCAGCCUCCAUCCUCAUCAUCACGCGGUGGGCGCGCUCGCGAUGCCGCCCGAGGCCCAGCAGCCGCCGCUCACGUGUCCGUCCGCGAUGCAGACGCAGCAACAGCCCCAGCAACAACCACCUGUGUCCGCGUCCACGGUGCUCGGCUCGACGCCGCUCUCGCCGGGCAUCAUGCAGAAUCACGUGCAGCCGCCGGACGCUCUGCAGCAUCACCAGCCGCCCAGCCAGCAACCGCACGACAGCAACGCCUGCAGUCCGGCCAGCUCCAGCCAGCUGCACCGGGACAACUCGCCGGAUCUGCAGCAGCAACCGCAGGGCGGACAACAGUCGCAUAUACAGAACGCCCAGCAGCAGCAGCAGUCGCAGGGACAGCAGUCGCAGCAGCAUCACGUGGACGACGGGUCGGAUCAGGAUGACAUGGAGGACGAUCAGAUGAUGGACGGAUCGCCAGGAAUGAUGGAGGACGAGGAGGACGACGAGGACAACGGGGACCGUGUGAUUUAUCCGUGGAUGAAGAAGAUUCACGUCGCUGGUGUCGCGAACGGCUCGUACCAGCCAGGCAUGGAGCCGAAGCGGCAGCGGACCGCGUACACGAGGCACCAGAUCCUCGAGCUGGAAAAGGAAUUCCAUUACAAUAGGUACCUGACGAGACGGCGACGGAUCGAGAUCGCUCAUACCCUGGUCCUGUCCGAGCGGCAGAUCAAGAUCUGGUUCCAGAACCGUCGGAUGAAGUGGAAGAAGGACAACAAGCUGCCGAACACGAAGAACGUGCGCAGGAAGAACGCGAACGGGCAGACGGCGACCGCGACAUCGUCCGGCGCUAAAUCAUCGAAAGCGUCCGGCGCAGCGUCCAGGACAAAGCUGCCGACCGGGAACAACAACAGCCAGCGCAAGAACAACAACUCGCCGUCGAGCGGGAUAGACAGCAGCCUCGACUCGAACGUCGGCCUGGACAUGGGGGACGUGCACGCGGUGAACGCGGCCCUUCCGCAUACGAACGUGGUGCACCCGAGCUUCCAAGGUCACCCGCAUCCCCUGGCCCAUCUCCAGGCGCAGCUGAGUCAUCACCACGUGAGCGGGAUGAUGGAGGGCCCGACGGGAGGACCGUUGGGCCACAUAGGCUCCGGAAGCAUCAGCCCCCUCGCGCCGGCCACCAGCCCGUCAGGACUGGCCCAGGUCGCGGCGGCCAUCCCGCCGCCGGCGAUAAAGUCUGAUUACGGGCUAACAGCGCUGUAACAGUCCCUGGGACCACUGCCGGCGGCGCCGAGUUUCCCCGGGACCCUGGUGACCGUUAGCUCCUAGGAGACCUGGAACCCUCAGAUCCCGCGCUGACGAGGACUCGUCGAGUCUGCUGGUUCCCCGAGGAGCAGACUGCCCGGCGAAAGUCACGCCGGACGCUUAAGGGCGGUGAUUAUGGCACUAAGUCAUCCCGGGAUCCUUCCCUUAACGCGACUGAAUUACUUGAUGGAUGAUACACCGCUGAAAGAGAAAUAGAGCACCGGAAGCGGUAAUCUAUUUUAGAGCUACUGGAUGAUUGCCGCCAUAGGGGUUAGCAAUGAUGGAUCCUCGGCGAUCGCCGAUGCUCCCUGAUUAGGAUUAUCGUGGCUCCGAGACGGAGUAUCGAUUACGAACGCCGGUCCCGAUCGAAACGGUGACCUGAAUGCUGGAGGAUCGACGGGCCGGCCGGCUGCGUCUCUAUCGCGUGGAUGACACGCAAGUCUCGAUUAUAUUGAAACAAAUGACUCGCCGCGGUAACCGUCGCCUCCACCGCCAAUCGCUGCCAGAUAUUCCUGCCAGACUUACCAGGCGAUGGAAUUGCUUCGGUUGUCUCUGGUGCCGGCGACGCCGAUCGGGAAUUGUUGGGAUUGGUUGCCAGCGUGGCUCGCUCGGAGAUGCUUCCGGAUGUUGUUCGGGCAAUUGAAGAGUUAGUGACGAACCGGAGGAUUCUCGAGUGCUCGCCAGUGUCAGAAGUUUAGAGGACUCAGAGACGAUGGACAAUCGAAAGGUGCGGGGUUAGUGAGAGAAAAAUGAUCGAAGCUUCGUGAAGGACUCGGACAGUGACACGGUGCUCGAGUAUGAGUUUGUGAGAGGCUUCCGACCUGGUACGUUCUGAUUCUAAGAUUUUCCUGUUUCGAUCGGAUCCUUUGGUCCCUGAGUUUGAUAUCUGAUUAGUGAGCUUCACGAUCUUUGUGCAUUUCCGGUAAACGGUGUCUUCUGAACGGAGGUUUUAAAAGAAAUAUUUUCAAACAUGUCCGUCAUGAUACAAACGAAGUUGGAGAUAAUUCUUGAUUUAGCGACAGUAUUUACCGAAUCUGCAUAAAGAUCUUCAGUUCACGAUUACCUUCGACACUCGCAGAUAUAGUGAAAAAUUGUAGAUGUCGCAAAAGCACGCAUUACUGAACUUAGACGAGAACAUAGAGAAUUCUCGAGCACGUUGACUGUCGAACACCCUUAAAAUCUCGAUUUACUCGAAAGCAUUCGUUUCUGCGACAAGACUCUUACGAAAGUUCGAAUACAGUUUGAUUUUCUGAAACUCUCGUCGAAGAAUGAUCAUGCACGUUUAGUUCUACGGACAGACAACGUGUUAAUCUCGUGAAAACACGAACCGCGACCGUUCGUUCGUCGAAAGCUGUGAUCCUUUAAAUAACCACCCCCGCAGAGAAAAACGAGACGAAGAUCGCUGCACCGCGAUACCGUGUACUGUAAAUAAAGACACUUGAUUGUGUAUAUAGUCGUGUAAAGAAAGUCUUAUCGCUAUUGUGAUUAAAACGCAACGUGUUUCGUAUACUAUUGCAUAAGCGUGCGGUCCUGACGUGGCUGAGUGUUCGAUGAAGGGCUAUCCGACAGUGAAACUCUCGGCUGUGCUUCGUUCAGCGUAUUAAAUGUCAAGUCGUUCGAGCCGCGCGGUGUGGAUUCGUCGCGAGAAUAUUGAAAUCGUGAGAAAUGUGACGUGAGAACGUGUUCCGUGUAAAUGAAAACUAGACUCGCGAGCGACGGGAUGUUAAACUUAAUAAAUAUUCGGUAUUAGCUUAGGGGUAGAGCUCGUACACGGUUUCCUUUCAACGAAGAAAAAAGUUUCUGUUCUGAUACUCAGUGUCGGUCGUUUGAUGGAAGUUCAGUCGUUGAACCAACGCUCAAGUUCAAUCGUUGAACAAAUGGAUUGAAGUUCAAUCGUCGGAACAAUAGAUUGAAGUUCGAUCGUUGAAACAAUACAUCGAAGUUCAAUCGUUGAACCGGAUAGAAAUCGAAACGUUGAACCAACGCGUUCAAGUUCAGUCGUUGAACAAACGGUUUGAAGUUCGAUCGUCGGAACAACAGAUGAAAGUUCAAUCGUCGAAACAAUACAUCAAAGUUCGAUCGUUGAAACAGUACAUCAAAGUUCAAUCGUUGAACCGGAUAGAAAUCGAAACGUUGAACCAACGCGUUCAAGUUCAGUCGUUGAACAAACGGUUUGAAGUUCGAUCGUCGGAACAACAGACGAAAGUUCAGUCGUUGAGCGAACAGAAGUUAACCGUACAAUUUCGACAAAGAAACAUCGACGAGGUUCUUUCGUCUACGACGGAGGAACGUUCGGCAAAGUAGACGCUUCCUGUAAUCGUCAGACGCGUCGCGGCGAACGGACGCCGCCAUUUUCCGGGUAUUUGACGAGAAACGGAGUAACGCGAAGGUUCCGCGGAUCGCUCACGUCACGCGCGCAUUGUAAAUAUCGGGAUAAUGUCUAUUUUUAUCGAGAAAGUAAAUACGCGGAUGAAGGACCAAGUUAGCGUAAAGGGGUUGAACCGGAAGCUGUACUGUCGGAGACGAGUAGCAAUCAAACGUUUAAAUGCACAGAGCCGCUGUGACGAUAUACCAAAACGAUGUUUAUCAGAUUAUAUUAUAGGAAACGUAGAGAAUCUAAGUAUUAAGCGACACGUUCAAUACUGAGGAACGAGAGAAAGUGUAUGUGUGUAUGUAUGUGUGUGGAAAGGAACGAAUGACGAUUCUAUAUAGUGUAAUUAGCGAAUUCUAAGCGACGAGGGGCGCACGAGAUUUACGAGAACAUUCUAUUAAGUGUGAACAUUAUAUUCCUUGAUAUUCUAUCGAUAAUGUAUAUAGCCUGUACGAUAAGAAUCGUGUUUGGGCACACUGCGAUGCUUAUGUUUAUAUUGAUCGUAGACACCGAUCAAAUUACA